AUGUUCUCGACGCUACUGAUUCACGACUGUGUUGUCGGCGACGGAGCGCGCACGACAUCGAUUACUCUCAGACCCUCGCCCUCUUUCCCUGGCGCCGUCUGGUUUCAGCAAGAUCGGGCGCAACCAGCCCCUGCCACAUGGGGACCGAAGGAUCCCUCGAACUUUGACGGAACCCUCGAACUUUCCCUCGUCGAACGCAUCUCAGAGGGCCGAAUCGGCGUAACCUACGCUGCAGACGUCGUCUCUGCUGUCACGGCGGCUCCGGAAUUCAGCCGCAGCCUGGCGCGAGAGGCUUGGUUCUAUGAACAAAUGUCAUCUCUCCAGGGUAUCUCCGUGCCCCUUUAUUUCGGUUUCUUUACCUCCACUGCGCCAGAUGUCGCGGCCGACUUUGGAUUCGAGCCUUGGAUGGACCGGAAGGUUUUGUUCGAGGAUACAGACACGAUCCCAGACAACAUCGACCAAUAUCCUUCCGCGGACUGGCUAACCGACGACGUACCCGAAAACGACGACCAAGAGAUAUACGAAAACCCACCUUCCAAGCUGGAUUCACCCUGGUACAAAUGGAACCGGGAUGCCGCCAAACCGACGAUCUCUGUUCUCGUUCUCGAGCUGCUUGGCGAGCCCUGUACCGGAUGGAAGACGAAAGCAGACAAGCAGGCUGUCAAGGAGGUCAUGGAUGAUUUGGCUGAACUUGGCGUGAUGCACGACAACCUCACUCCUUGGAACACACUCGUGUUCAAGCCCUCUCCACACGGUGAGGCUCGUCUAUGCCCUCGGCACAACGUCGUGCAUCCCUGGAGGAUAAUCGAUUUCGACCGUUCGACAAUGGCAGAUCCUAACAACCUGAACGAAUACGGCAGGCGUAUGGUUACCGAUACGCAAUACAUACUGGAUAACAUCGCGGUGGAAUUUGAAUUUUGGGCGUGGCAGUAG